AUGUCAGAAGAUUAUGAGAAAUAUAGAAUGGGCAGUUCAAAUGAGACCCAUCAAAGAUCCAUACAACCAAUAACAUCAUCAAUUAGUAAAUCAAAUGAAAAAACCAAACAACAAACUGAUUUUGUUCAAGAUUCAGAUAUAAUAGAAACUUCCAGUAUAAAUGAUGAAUUUGGUGAAGUUAAAAGAGAUUUGAAAGCCAGGCAUGUUUCUAUGAUUGCCAUUGGUGGUACCAUUGGUACUGGGUUAUUUAUAUCUACUGGUUCUUUGCUUCAUACUACUGGUCCAGUAAUGUCAUUGAUUUCAUUUUUAUUUGUCACAACAAUUUGCUUUUCCGUGACUCAAUCACUUGGUGAAAUGGCCACAUAUAUUCCAAUUUCUGGGUCCUUUGCUCAAUUCGUUACUAGAUGGGUGUCUAAAAGUUGUGGUGCUGCUAAUGGUUGGUUAUAUUGGUUCUCAUGGGCCGUCACUUUUGGAUUAGAAUUAUCGGUUGUCGGUCAAGUUAUUCAAUUCUGGACUGAUGCCGUGCCAUUAGCUGCUUGGAUUUCCAUAUUUUUCGUUAUUUUGACUAUUUUCAAUUUUUUCCCAGUGAAAUUUUAUGGGGAAGUUGAAUUUUGGAUUGCUUCGAUAAAAAUUAUCGCCGUUUUCGGUUGGAUCCUUUAUGCUUUUAUCAUGGUAUGCGGUGCUGGUAAAACUGGCCCAGUAGGAUUCCGUUAUUGGCGGAAUGGGUAUGCUUGGGGUGAUGGUAUUUUGGUUAACAAUAAUGGUAAAUAUGUUGCGGCUUUCGUCAGUGGUCUUAUUAAUUCCAUUUUCACUUUCCAAGGUACUGAAUUGGUUGCAGUCACUGCUGGUGAAGCAUCACCAAGAGCUCUUAGAAGUGCAAUCCGUAAAGUUAUGUUCAGAAUCUUGGUUUUCUAUGUCUUGUGUAUGCUUUUUAUGGGUCUUUUGGUUCCUUACAAUGACCCCAAACUUACUGAAGAUGGUGGUUUCACAAGAAACUCUCCAUUUCUUAUUGCCAUGGAAAAUUCAGGUACCAAAGUUUUACCACACAUUUUCAAUGCUGUAAUUGUCACAACAAUUAUUUCUGCCGGUAAUUCCAAUAUUUAUUCUGGAUCUCGUAUCCUCUACGGUUUAGCUCAAGCUGGUGUUGCUCCUAAAAUUUUCCUUAAAACCAAUAAAGGUGGUGUUCCAUACUUUGCUGUGGCAUUCACAGCAGCAUUUGGUGCAUUGGGCUAUUUGGCAUGUUCCAAUCAAGGUAAUAAAGCUUUCACUUGGCUUUUGAAUAUCACUGCUACUGCCGGGUUAAUUUCAUGGGGGUUCAUUUCAGUAAGUCACAUCAGAUUCAUGAAAACUCUUCAAAGAAGAGGAAUUAGUAGAGAUACCCUACCUUUCAAAGCUUUCUUUAUGCCAUUUAGUGCUUAUUAUGGUAUGGUUGUUUGUUUCAUUGUUGUGUUGAUUCAAGGAUUCACGGUGUUUUGGGAUUUCAAUGCUAGUGAUUUCUUCACAGCUUAUAUUUCUGUCAUAUUAUUCGUUAUUAUGUGGAUUGGAUUCCACUUUUUCUUUUUUGGAUUUGGUAAAGAUUCUUUUAAAAUGAGCAACAUUUUGGUGCCUUUGGAUGAUUGUGACAUCGAUACUGGUGUAAGAGAUAUUAAUGAUGCUGAGUUUGAUGUUCCACCACCAAAGAAUGCUUGGGAUAAGUUCUGGGCUAUUGUUGCAUAG